GAGAAAAUGUGUCGGAUAUUUUGGGGAGGUCACGUGGGCGGGCGGGCUCUGAGAGGCCCCGGGACAGUCCCAGCCUAGAGCCAUGCCCCCCCAAGAACCCCCCAUUACGACAAGCCCCUGACACUGAGACGCUCCAUCCCGCGACCAUCCGACGCCGGGACCUCGGGGCUCCGCGCCUUCCCUUCCCCCUCCCUCCCCCUCCAGUUUCAGUCCAGUCCCCUCAACCUGACACAGUAUGUAGAGGAGAAUCACUGCAAGUGGUCAGAGGGACUCUUGGAGACCCAGUGAGCCGACCAGAGAGGGCGGGCACGGAGCCUCCCAGACUGGGGCAGUGGGCAUGGGCGGGGGCUGUGGCUGAAGAUCUCCCCCGCCCAUUGCAGACCCCAGGGGAUUCAACCUUGCACACUGCUGCUGCCAUGGCCACCAAUAAGGAGAGACUUUUUGCAACUAGUGCCCUGGGGCCUGGCUCUGGCUACCCAGGGGCUGGCUUCCCCUUUGCCUUCCCAGGGGCACUCAGAGGGUCUCCACCAUUUGAGAUGCUGAGCCCUAGCUUCCGGGGCCUGAGCCAGCCUGACCUCCCCAAGGAAAUGGCCUCUCUGUCGGUGGAGACACAGAGCACCAGCUCAGAGGAGAUGGUGCCCAGCUCCCCCUCGCCCCCUCCACCUCCUCGGGUCUACAAGCCGUGCUUCGUGUGCAAUGACAAGUCCUCUGGCUACCACUAUGGUGUCAGCUCUUGUGAAGGCUGCAAGGGUUUCUUCCGCCGCAGCAUCCAGAAGAACAUGGUGUACACAUGUCACCGCGACAAAAACUGUAUCAUCAACAAGGUGACUCGGAAUCGCUGCCAGUACUGCCGGCUACAGAAAUGCUUCGAAGUAGGCAUGUCCAAGGAAGCUGUGCGGAAUGACCGGAACAAGAAAAAGAAAGAGGUGAAGGAGGAAGGGUCACCUGACAGCUAUGAGCUGAGCCCCCAGCUAGAAGAACUUAUCACCAAGGUCAGCAAAGCCCAUCAGGAGACCUUCCCUUCACUCUGCCAGUUGGGCAAAUACACCACGAACUCCAGUGCAGACCACCGGGUGCAGCUGGAUCUAGGACUGUGGGACAAGUUCAGUGAGCUGGCCACCAAAUGCAUUAUCAAGAUCGUUGAAUUUGCCAAGCGGCUGCCAGGCUUUACAGGGCUCAGUAUUGCUGAUCAGAUCACUCUGCUCAAGGCCGCCUGCCUGGACAUCCUGAUGCUGCGGAUCUGCACGAGGUACACUCCAGAACAGGACACCAUGACCUUCUCUGACGGGCUGACGCUGAACCGGACCCAGAUGCACAAUGCUGGCUUCGGGCCCCUCACAGACCUUGUCUUUGCCUUUGCUGGCCAGCUCCUGCCACUGGAGAUGGAUGACACAGAGACUGGGCUGCUCAGCGCUAUCUGCCUCAUCUGCGGAGAUCGAAUGGACCUAGAAGAGCCUGAAAAGGUAGACAAGCUUCAGGAGCCAUUGCUAGAAGCCCUGAGGCUGUACACGCGGCGCCGGCGGCCCAGCCAGCCCUACAUGUUCCCAAGGAUGCUCAUGAAGAUCACAGACCUCCGUGGCAUUAGCACCAAGGGAGCAGAAAGGGCCAUUACCCUGAAGAUGGAGAUUCCAGGCCCAAUGCCUCCACUGAUCCAAGAGAUGCUGGAGAACCCUGAAAUGUUUGAAGAUGACUCUUCACAAUCUGGGCCUAACCCCAAGUCCUCCAGUGAGGAUGAGGCUCCUGGGGGCCAGGGUAAAGGGAGCCAAAGCCCCCAGCCUGACCAGGGCCCCUGACUUUCCCUGCUGUGGGGUUGGGGCUCCAGGCAGCAGACUGACCAUCUCCCAGGAACUACCAGUGACUAGGAGAGGACCUGUUCUGCCCUCUCCCCACCCCUUCCAACCAGCUCCUUGUUUUUGCCAAAGUUUCCAGGGGUGCCUCUGUGUUCACCCUCAUCCUGCUCAGACUGGCUCCUCUCCAAUCCCGGGGGCCUGCUCUGCUCCCACUGGGAGUAAGGGCAGAGGGCGAGCUUGGGUUUGGACUCUAAUAUCUCAGCGCUGCCCCUCAGAUAUCAGGAUCCCAGGCUCCCCCAGGUGGGAGGAAGACCCUGCCUUUCCAUAGCCUUUCCCCCUGCCAGGUGCUUAGUCCCCUGGGAGCAGACAGGAACACUAGAGACCAAAUGGGGGCAUAAAGGGAGGGCUGAGCCCACCCUCUAGCCCCUACCCUUGGUGCCUAAUGCUGCAUAAUACACCUGCCAGGUGUGCAUCCAUCCCUGUGCCCUGUGCUCAGCUCAGGGUGAGUGCAGAUUUGGCCCUGCAUUUCUGUGGGGACCAGGAUGAAAGGGACAGAUGCAGUGCCGUUCUGCACCUCUUUGUUCAGGCUCAGAGUUUAUCCUGUGCCCUCCGUUAUAAGGCCUGCCCCAAGCCCUGCCAUGUGCCUUGGGCCCUCUUUGCCCUCCAUCUCAGCCAUUGGGGCAGGGACCCUCCUACACUACAGAGGGGCCAGGUGAUCCCUGCCUCCUAGUGCCUUCCCUCUUGACCCCAGAGCAGCUUGGCCCAGGGAGGGGUGCUGCUUAGCUGAUCCCACCCUGACCCAGAGGAAGCCUCUAUUUAUUUAUUAGCUUUUGUUUACACCCUGGAAUUGACCCCUUCCUCCAGGGGUCUUGGGAUGGGGAGCCCAGGGCCCUUGUAAUCCCUCCCUUCUUCCUCCAAUCCUCAGUUUGUAUUUAGCUGCCAAAUAAGACUCCCACUGGCUCCCCUAUUUCCCUGGGGGGUCAGGGUGCUGUCCCCUCCCCCUCUGUUUACAUCUCCCCUCUACCCAGCUGUAUCGC